AUGGACAAUGCAAGCGUUUUCUAUCGUAUCCUAACCUCCAUAUCUCUCCUACCCACCAACCAGCGUUCCAUGUCCAAUACGUUCUGGCGGCUAUGCGAGCUGCUUGCCCAGCAAGAAAAAGAAGAUGCUGACAACGGAGGCUCCGAAGCUUACGAAAAUGAGCCUGAUGACUCCCUUUUUCCUGAACUUACAAGAGCUCUCGACGGCAGCGCCAGCAGUAGCAAUAACUAUGACCUAGAACUUUCAGAGGCGUCAAACCUCUCUCCGCCAGAGGCUGCUCCGAUCCACUUUGACGACCCAUGUGCCUCCAUCGUAAAUUUCAAACCCAGCGAGUCGUUGGGGAUAACUUGUCUCACGAUCGGAUCCCGCGGUGACGUUCAGCCAUACAUUGCGCUUUGCAAAGGGCUCCUGGCCGAAGGUCAUAAACCUAGGAUUGCAACCCACCGAGAGUUUGAACCCUGGGUUAGGCAGCAUGGUAUUGAUUUUGCGCCCGUGGAAGGCGAUCCGGCCGAACUCAUGCGAAUAUGCGUUGAGAACGGGAUGUUUACGUAUUCAUUUUUGAAAGAAGCGUCCCUGAAGUUCCGUGGGUGGAUAGAUGAUUUGCUCUCCUCUGCGUGGUCGAGUUGUCAGGGCAGUGACAUUCUGAUUGAAUCCCCCAGCGCGAUGGCGGGUAUACACAUCGCGGAGGCGCUGCGGAUACCCUAUUUCCGUGCUUUUACUAUGCCGUGGACGAGAACGAGGGCCUACCCUCAUGCCUUUGCUGUGCCAGACCAUAAGAUGGGUGGAGCUUACAAUUAUAUGACGUAUGUAAUGUUUGACAACGUCUUCUGGAAAGCUAUUGCUGGUCAGGUGAAUCGGUGGAGGAAGCGGCAGUUGGGCCUACGGGGUACGAACUUGGACAAGAUGCAGCCGAACAAGGUUCCAUUUUUAUACAACUUCUCCCCGUCCGUUGUGCCUCCGCCGAUGGACUAUGGCGAUUGGAUUCGUGUGACCGGUUAUUGGUUUCUGGAUGAAGGAUCGAGCUGGUCACCGCCAGAGCAGCUUACGGCCUUUAUCCAAAAAGCACGAAACGAUCGUAAAAGGAUCGUUUACAUUGGGUUCGGCUCCAUUGUUGUUUCCGAUCCAACGGCGUUGACAAAAACUGUCAUUGAAUCCGUUUUGAAGGCCGACGUGCGGUGUGUUCUAUCAAAAGGUUGGUCUGACAGACUCGGGGACCCUUCGAGCGCGAAAACCGAAGUUCCCCUGCCACCAGAAAUAUACCAGAUUACAGCAGCACCGCAUGAUUGGCUGUUUUCCCAAGUGGACGCUGUUGCCCAUCAUGGUGGCGCAGGUACUACUGGGGCAAGUCUUCGAGCUGGUGUUCCAACGAUCAUCAAACCUUUUUUUGGAGACCAGUUUUUCUUUGGAACCAGGGUAGAGGAUCUCGGUGUGGGCAUUUCGUUGAAGAAAUUGAACGUAAACGUUUUUUCGAGGGCACUAUGGGAGGCAACUAAUUCCGAGCGGAUGAUCGUGAAGGCCAAGUUACUCGGUGAGAAAAUCCGCAAGGAGAACGGAGUAGAGAAGGCUAUUCAAGCCCUCUACCGCGAUCUCGAAUAUGCCAAAACCCUUGUGCGGCGACGCUCUAUAGCAGCAGCGUCCCCACCACUACCUGUACCUCUAGGAUCUCCUAAAGCUCGCCAUGAUUGGGAGGAUGAUUUGGCCGGUAUUGAAGAUACAUGGACAUUGGUUGGCCAUCCAGACAUAGACAUGGAACUUUCUCAGAGCAGCAAAGGCCGUGAAAGCGAAUUUGACCUACGGGCUAGUGCAGCCCUGGCGACAGGUACACUACCAGAUAUUGUUGUCGAUGAAGAUGACGGCGAGGAGGAUGUUACGCGAUGA